AUGGCACCUAGAACUCCUCCUCCUCCUAUUCCGAAUCCUGAUAAUCCUCACUUGGUGGGAACGAUUGAGGCUAUGAUCGCAGUCAUGCAACAACAAAACGCCAAUAUGAUGAAUCAGCAGAAUCUAGCCUUGCAACAAAUGGAGUCAGCUAGGCUAGCAGCAGAGGCAACACAACAGAGACACUUAGAGGCUUUACAUCAAUUUGGGGAAAACCGUUCAGCAGCCGGCUCCUCCCAAGCUCCACCACCCCGGGUACAAGAAUGGAGUUUGGAGGAUUUCUUACAGCAUCAUCCAUCCCGCUUCGAUGGCAAGACUAGCCCGGAUGAAGCCGACCAGUGGAUGCGAGACAUGGAACGGAUUUAUGAUGCUAAGCGGUGUCCUACAGAAAACAGAUUGGCUUAUACUGAGUACCUUCUUGCUGGAGAAGCCGUUCAUUGGUGGUCUAGCAUGAAGAUGAUGUUGGAGGAUAGUCAGGACCCCAUCUCUUGGGAGUUGUUUAAGAAGAAAUUCUAUGCUGAAUAUUUCCCAGAUAGUGUGAGAUAUGCCAAGGAGGUUGAGUUCCUACAACUGAUGCAAGGGAACAUGUCGGUAUCUGAAUAUGCUGAGAAAUUUAAACAUCUAGGCAGAUUUCAUACCUUGAAGAUGGCUGAAGACUGGCAAUGCAGAAAGUUUGAAAAUGGGUUGAGGGGAGAUCUCAAACUCAUGGUGGCCCCACUCUCGAUUAAAGAAUUUCCGGCCUUGGUGGAGAAGGCACAAGUGAUGGAGAAGCUUAAGGCUGAGGUUGAAGCACAACAGCGACCCCAACAGAAGGUGGGAGGAUCAUCAGUGUCCAUGAGCAGACAUGAGGAUAGGGGGAAACCAUACUCCAGGCCUCAGCCUCAGGGGCCUAGGAGGCCUACUCACCAACCUUAG